AUGACUACCGCCCACAGGCCUACCUUCGAUCCCGCUCGUGGCAAGGAGACCCUCCGUGGUCCAGCCUACCACCAGCGUCUCCUGCCCGCACACACCCAACUCAAGUUCCGAAAACCAGGUCAAGGCGGACGUGCCGACCGUGACACCCGUGAUCUGCGCGCGGAACUCCUCGCCGCGGAGCAGGCACACCACGCCAAGCUGAACGGCGGCCCCCUUCCACCAAGCAACGGCGACGAAGACAGUUCCGAGCCCACGCCCGCCAGCCGAAGCGCCAAGCACGCCCUCGAAGCCGGGUCGGCAGCAGCAGACGACGACGGCGAGGACCCAGAGGCAAAACGGCGGCGGAUAAUAGAAGAGACACGGGACAUCGACGCAGACGACUCAGACUCCUCAUCCUCGGAGAAGGAUGACGGCGGCGACGACGAUGAUGAUGACUCGGAUAGCGACUCGGACAGCGACGACGACGAGGCAGAACUGCAGCGGGAGCUGGAGCGGGUCAAGCGUGAGAGGCAAGAGAAGCGCGAGCGGGAGGAGCGGGAGAAGGCCGCCGCGGAGGCGGAGGAGCGCGAGAGGGAGAUCGCGAGGGGGAACCCGCUGCUGAACAACAACGGCGGCGGCGGCGGCGGCGCAAAGACCGAUUUUACAGUCAAGAGGAGGUGGGACGACGACGUCGUGUUCAAGAACCAGGCGAGGGGCACGGAGGACAAGAACAAGAGCAAGGAGUUUGUGAACGACCUGCUGCGGAGCGACUUCCACAAGCGGUUCAUGAGCAAGUAUGUCAGGUAG